AUGUGCGUCAUGGACAGUUUGCCUUUACGAGGCGCAAAACCAGCAACAAAUCCUCUGAUUACAUGAACCUCUCUUACUCCGCGUUACGGUUGGUGAUGUCAGAGCUCAUCGCAUUCCGAAAACGAGAGGCCAGCAGAGUACGCGUGCGUUGUCCCAACCGAAAUCUCGUCAUCCCAUCGGAAUCUUGUCGGCAUGGUGCAGAAAAUAUAACCUCGGCCGCCCGGCGUGGAACACUUUGCCUCUUCAUUCCUGUGUUCCAUUGCCGUCGUGACAUUAUCGUCCCUAAUAUCAUCAAGAACAAUGUGCAUCAUUGUUCCUGUUGACCAUAUCUCUUGCACACAUACUGUUGCAAUCUGGCAGCACUGCGUCAACGCUCCGAAGUCCAGGACUCGAGGAUUAUCACCGUGCCUACACAUUCGGCAGCAUCCGAGACCGAUUGUGACCAGACAACUCUGCAUCAAUUGCGGCGGACCGAGGGUAUUCGCACGAAGAGGGGGGCUUGCAGACCGCGGGUGGGGAAAGUCCGCGCUGUGGGAACAGGCGGAAGAGCACAAUGAUAGUGCGAUCAAGGGUUCACGCUACCUUCACGAUGCCAUCGAGGACGAGGAAGGUGACGGUGACUCCGAGGACCUGGAUCUUGAGGUAUCCCCGCGGCAACCAUGCUUGAGGCGGACGCAAUCAGAAGAAGCCGGAACACGGAUGCCAUACUGGAGAAUAAAGUCUGUACAAAGUCAAGAUAUACGAGCAACCUGGCAGCCGAACCUAAAGCGCGAGCUCAUUAGUGAAGCAUUCUCAGGUUACCAGCUCGACGAUCCCUUCGCAAUGUCUAAAUCUUCGUCUAGCUAUCCAGCUAUCAAUGCAACCCAUGAUGGUGGCUUGCCUUGUAAUGAAGAAUCCUCGCACACUGCAAACAUUGCUCAGAAACCACAACUUCGGCCUCUGGACACAACAUCAUGCCGUCCUUUUCUGCAACGGAAAGGCUCCACGCUCCUGCAUCCCUCAACCCCUACAGACAUGACACCCGCCGUGGUAGAUAGCGACACCGGUUACCUCUCCCUCUCAGGCCGACCCCCAAACUCUAUGGCCCUCCCUUUCCACCGGAGAUGUUCCACCUUUACUCAUCCUUCGACUCCCAGCCCCGUUCCAUCACGCCGAGUCUCCAACUUUCCUGUCCCGAUGCCCGAGAACCCGGCACAACAUGAGUUAAUGCCGCAGCGCAAGGAGUCGACCCUGUUGCACCCGUCGACACCUUCGUGGUCAAUGUGCGAGGAUCAAAUUGAACUCUCACAACCCAAGGGUUGUCGUUCCGCCCUGCCCACUCCUCCGUCAUCGUCGCAUUCGUUAGACAAAGAAGACAUCGUAGCUACACUAGGGGACGAUCACAAAACCAAGCUUCACGGAAUCACCCGAAGAAGAAAGAACGCUGGCAUACCUGACGAAUUGUUCACGUACUGUCACCUUGAUUCCGACUCCGAGUCUGCAGGCAGCGAGGAGAGCGACGGUGAAUUCGCAGCUAUCAAAUGCUGUGCUACGAGGGCGCGAAUGGCGAGGGCGAGCAGGGCAGAGUUCAAGGGAGCGGAUGGAUGGCGCUGUGCCCCGUGAAAUUGCUCUGCCACUUUUGCUACACUAGGUGUUGAGGGAGUUAAGGUGCACUUGCAUGCUGCAUGCAUGGUCGUGAAACUCCUCAGUA